GGUUAUCAAUGCCGGGAAGAGCACACACAAUGAAGACCAAGCCAGCUGUGAGGUGCUUACCGUGAAGAAGAAGGCCGGCGCCAUGACCUCAACCCCCAGUAGGAACUCGUCCAAGAGGCGGUCCUCCCUGCCAAACGGGGAGGGAUUGCAGUUGAAGGAGAGCUCGGAAUCCGAGGGCAUCUCCUGCUACUACUGGUCGCUGUUUGAUGGCCACGCGGGGUCCGGGGCAGCCGUAGUGGCGUCGCGCCUGUUGCAACACCAUGUCACGGAGCAGCUGCAGGACAUUGUGGACAUCCUGAGGAACUCCGCCGUGCUGCCCCCCACCUGCCUGGGCGAGGAGCCUGAGAACACACCCGCCAACAGCCGGACUCUGACCCGGGCAGCCUCCCUGCGUGGAGGGGUGGGCACCCCGGGCUCCCCUGGGACGCCCCCUACUCGCUUCUUCACUGAGAAGAAGAUCCCACACGAGUGCCUGGUCAUCGGGGCCCUGGAGAGUGCGUUCAAGGAAAUGGACCUGCAGAUAGAACGCGAGAGGACGUCCUACAACAUAUCAGGUGGCUGCACUGCACUCAUCGUGAUCUGCCUUCUGGGGAAGCUGUAUGUUGCCAAUGCUGGGGACAGCAGGGCCAUCAUCCUCAGAAAUGGAGAAGUCAUCCCCAUGUCUUCGGAGUUCACCCCCGAGACGGAGCGACAGCGACUUCAGUACCUGGCAUUCAUGCAGCCUCACUUGCUGGGAAAUGAGUUCACACAUUUGGAGUUUCCAAGGAGGGUACAGAGAAAAGAGCUCGGGAAGAAGAUGCUCUACAGGGACUUUAAUAUGACAGGCUGGGCAUACAAAACCAUUGAGGAUGAGGACUUGAAGUUCCCCCUUAUCUAUGGAGAAGGCAAGAAGGCCCGGGUGAUGGCAACUAUCGGCGUGACCAGGGGACUUGGGGACCAUGACCUGAAGGUACACGACUCCAACAUCUACAUAAAACCAUUCCUGUCGUCAGCUCCUGAGGUGAGAAUCUACGAUCUCUCCAAAUACGAGCACGGAGCAGAUGACGUGCUGAUCUUGGCCACUGAUGGACUCUGGGAUGUUUUGUCGAAUGAAGAAGUGGCGGAAGCCAUCACUCAGUUCCUUCCUAACUGUGAUCCCGAUGAUCCACACAGGUACACACUGGCAGCACAGGACCUGGUGAUGCGUGCCCGGGGUGUGCUGAAGGACAGAGGAUGGCGGAUAUCCAAUGACCGACUGGGCUCGGGAGACGACAUUUCUGUUUAUGUCAUUCCUUUAAUACAUGGAAACAAACUGUCAUGAGAAUGGCCCCAGGGGAUCGGGAGGACAGAGGGGAAGGAAAACCGGGAUGCCUCUUGGCAGAGCCGCACCAGGAGGGGCCCCGGCUGAGGUCCAAGCACUGAGGUCUCUUCCCCGCCCAGGAGGGGAGUUGCUGCCAAGGGCCCCCCAGCUCUGCUUCACGAUGACCCUUUGGUUUCCAUGUCUUCUUCUUUAGUAACAGGGCAACUUAACACGGGCAAAAUACAAAGGCUGCUACUGA